AUGUUGAACCAUUCCCAUUCCCAUUCCGGACCCGGCUCGCUGUGCCCCCUCCUCCGCGUCCACUCCUCCCGCGCCGCCGAGUGCUCCUCCUCCGACCCGGCCGCGGCCUGCCGGGUGGCGAUGGACGUCCCGUCGUCGACGUCGCCGUCGUCGGGGCAGCAGCAGCAGCAGCCGACGACGCCGCGGCGGCAGCUGCAGGGCCCGCGCCCGCCGCGGCUCAACGUGCGGAUGGAGUCGCACGCCAUCAAGAAGCCGUCGUCGGGGGCUGGGGCUGGCCCGUCGCAGGCGCACGUGCACCAGAUGCCGGCGGGCCAGGGGCAGGCGAGGCGGGAGCAGCUGGUCGGGCAGCAGCAACCACCGCGGGCGCCGGUGAUCAUCUACGACGCGUCGCCGAAGAUUAUCCACGCCAGGCCCAACGAAUUCAUGGCGCUCGUGCAGCGGCUCACCGGCCCGGGCUCGGGGCCACCGCCGCCGCAGCAGAUGCAGCUCCAGGGGGAGGCCCACAUGCAGGACUACCCGAUGGAUGAGGCCGUGCCGGGGCAGCCGUUCUUCCCGCCGGAGCUGCUGCUCUCGCCGUCGGCGGCGAUGUCCCCGGCGGCGAGGCUGGCGACCAUCGAGAGGUCCGUCCGCCCGAUGCCCGAGCCGACGCCGGAGUUCGUGGACAUCACGCACGCCGGCGGGGACGACGACGGCGGCCUCGCGGCGAUUCUUGGCUCGAUCCGGCCCGGCAUCCUGUCCCCUCUACCCUCGUCUCUCCCGCCGGCCGCGGUCCCGGGUCAGUUCUCGCCGCUCCCGUUCGACGCGAGCUGCAUCAGCUGGCUGAACGAGCUGAGCCCCAUCCUCCGAGCCGCCUCCGCCGGCGCCGCCUCGCCCGGCAGCGGCGGCAGUGGUGGCAACACGAGCAACGGCGGCGCGUCCCGACCGCCUUCGUCCUACUACGCCGACCCGUUCGUCCCCAGCCCCCGGCACCUCCUCGCCACACCCACCGUGCCGUCGCCGGCGACCUGCGCGGAGCUCUUCAGCAACCUGCCGGAUCUUUAGCCCGUCCCCGCCGCGUCCGUCCAAGACAGCAACAGUGGCAGACGCAACACAAGCUUAGUUCCAUCUCCUCUUUCUUUCUUCUUUUUCCUCCAUUUUUUUUCUCUGGUAGGCUCAAGGUGGUGGGCCCGAUCACUGAUGACAAUUUGAUUAGUGCUCAGUUUAUCCUUGCGUUUUGUUAAUUAUUCUUGGGCAACCACUAGCGAUAGCAAUGAGAUCGAGCAAAAGAAAAGAACUGUGAGCAAGAUGAAACAAUAGGCAAUGGCAAAAUAGCAGCAGUAAGUAGCAGAUGAGAUGAGUAGAACAAACCGGCCGGCCCAGCCAUGUUUUCUUUCGAUUUUGUUACAUUACAUCUCUUGUGUAGUACAGUAGCUAGAAGGCAAGAUUUGCUUGCAUAAUGCAUCAUUUGUUUAUUCUUUACUGCUGGUAUGCCCUUGAUUGGAUUUGGGUUACAUGUUGGCCUGGUGCUAUUCUGUGUACUACUAGUGAACUGAACCAUUGCUACUAUUCUGUUCUGUCGUAUGUUUCUUGUGAUAUAUAUAUGGACUGACCGUGUCAGUGGCAGCAUGGAGUUUUCUUGUGAUUGGAAGGAGAGUUGCUGGCGAAGGAGAAAAACUGUGGAUUGGAUGGA